GUUGCCAGCUUGUGUGUGUUUUAAGAGCCAUCCUGUGGACAUAAUUUCAUAGAAAUAGCGGAAUAGCUGAAACCCAAUUUUGUAAAAAGAGAAUAGUUUCUUUGAGUGUUCUACUGAAUGUGACAAAGGCGGAGGCAAUGGGCAUUGAAGAUAUCUCAGUGUUCCUGGAACCUCAUCAGGAUAUUUAUUUCCCUGGCCAAGCAGUCAUGGGGCAAGUCAAGGUGCAAUCUUCAUCAGAUACAUCUUGUAGAGCCAUUGUGGUCGAAUUUAAAGGAAAAGCCAAAGUUCAUUGGUCAGUCAAAGAAGGUGAUAACACCAAACACUUCACAAGCAGGGAGGAAUACUUCAAAUUCAAGACCAGUCUUUGGUCAUCUCGCUGUCCCUUUGGUGAUACAGACGUCUGACACGUCGUGCUGCCUGUGCUGCGUUAGAGGACCUGUUGAUAUAAACGUUAGGUGUGUGCACUCGGGGGCGGUGGUGGGGGAGGGGUACCGCGUCAGGGGGGAGGUGACCAAUAACGGCUCCAAGGAGGUGGGCUCUACAGUCGUCGCCCUAUACCAGCACGUGACGUACCAUGCAGAGUGA